CAGGGGGCGGGGAGCGGCGCGGGGCCGGGCUAAACUGGGGACCGGGAGCCGGACCGGACAGCUCACCCCAGGGCUCGUGCAGUGCCCCGCGGCUCCCCGGAGCUCCCUGACCCCUGCCCGGCCCCCUGGCUCCGGGGCUCCCCAGGGACCCAGCCAUGGCCGUGCCAAGCCCCAGCAAGUUCCAGUUCGCCAUCGACCGCGGUGGCACCUUCACCGACAUCUUUGCCCGCUGCCCUGGGGGGCGCGUCCGCGUGAUGAAGCUGCUGUCCGAGGACCCGGCCAACUACCGCGAUGCGCCCACGGAAGGCAUCCGCCGCAUCCUGCAGGAGGAAUGCGGCACUACCUUUCCCUGCAACCACCCCCUGGACACAUCGCAGAUAGAGUGGAUCCGCAUGGGGACCACGGUGGCCACCAAUGCCCUGCUGGAGCGCAAGGGGGAGCGGAUCGCCCUGCUGAUCACCAAGGGCUUCCGGGAUCUCCUGCACAUUGGCAACCAGGCUCGGCCCAGAAUCUUUGACCUGGCGGUGGCAGUGCCUGAGGUGCUGUAUGAGGAGGUGGUCGAGGUGGACGAGCGGCUGAUCCUGCACCACGCCAGCUGCCAGCUCCCCGGGGCCGACCCCGGCCAGGUGCUCCCAGGCGUGACGGGGGAUUCGCUGGUGGUGCAGCGCCCCGUGGACCUGGCUGCGCUGCGGAGAGACCUGCAGCGGCUGCUGGCGCAGGGGAUCCGGAGUCUGGCCGUGGUGCUCCUGCACUCCUAUGCCUGGCCAGCCCAUGAGCAGCAAGUGGGGGCACUGGCCCAGGAGCUGGGCUUUCAGCACGUGUCUCUGUCAUCCUCGGUGAUGCCCAUGGUGCGGGUGGUGCCACGAGGGUAUACCACCUGUGCCGAUGCCUACCUGACCCCCUGCAUUCGCCGCUACCUCGAUGGCUUUUGCGCCAGCUUCACCCAGCAACUCCAGGACACUCGGGUGCUCUUCAUGCGCUCCGACGGGGGCCUGACCCCCAUGGGGCAGUUCAGUGGCUCCCGGGCCAUCCUGUCUGGCCCCGCUGGCGGCGUUGUGGGCUACGCGAUCACCACCUACAGCCAGGAGGACGGGCAGCCUGUGAUCGGCUUCGACAUGGGAGGCACCUCGACGGAUGUCAGCCGCUACGCCGGCGAGUACGAGCACGUCUUCGAGGCGACCACGGCUGGGAUCAGCAUCCAGGCCCCCCAGCUGGACAUCAACACCGUGGCGGCCGGUGGCGGCUCCAUGCUCUUCUUCCGGUCCGGGCUGUUUGUGGUUGGUCCCGAGUCCGCGGGGGCCCAUCCUGGCCCCGCCUGCUACAGGAAGGGGGGGCCCCUGACAGUGACUGAUGCCAACCUUUGCCUGGGCCAUCUGCUGCCCCAUUACUUCCCCCACAUCUUUGGGCCGGGUGAGGACCAGCCGCUCUCGCGGGAUGCUGCCCUGCAGGGCUUCCAGGAGCUCGCUGCCCGCGUGAACGCCUUCCUGGCCCGCCAGACGCCGAGCCCCCACCCCUCUCUCACUGUGGAGGAGGUGGCCAUGGGCUUCAUCCAGGUGGCCAACGAGGCCAUGUGCCGGUCCAUCCGCUCCCUGACCCAGGCGAGGGGCCACGAUACGUCGCGCCACGUGCUGGCCUGCUUUGGGGGCGCAGGGGGGCAGCACGCCUGCGCCAUUGCCCGUGCGCUGGGCAUGAAGAGGGUGUUCAUUCACAAGCACAGCGGGAUCCUGUCGGCCUACGGCCUGGCCCUGGCGGAUGUGGUGCAUGAGGCCCAGGAGCCCUGCUCCCUACGCUACGGGCCCCAGGCCUAUGCUCGGCUGGACGAGCGCCUGGCGGCGCUGGAGACAGAGUGUGUGCAGGCUCUGCAGGCCCAGGGCUUCCCCAGGUCUCAGAUCUGCACAGAGCCCUUCCUGCACCUGCGCUAUGAGCGCACAGACUGUGCCCUCAUGUGCUCGGCCAAGGGGCACCCGGCCACGUCCGAUUCCUGCCGGGCUGGGGACUUCCGCGCCGCCUUCUCCAGCAGGUACCUGAAAGAGUUUGGCUUCACCAUCCCUGGGCGCCCUGUGGUGGUGGAUGAUGUGCGGGUGCGAGGCACUGGCAGCACCGGGAUUGGUCAGGACGAGCCAGUCGCGGCCAGCGGCAGACCCGCCCGUGUGGAGACGGUGACCCGCAGCUAUUUCACAGACGGUUACCUGGACACCUGCGUGUACCUGCUGGAGGAUCUGUCCUGGGAGCACUCCAUCCCCGGCCCCAGCAUCAUCAUUGAUAAGAACAGCACCAUCCUCAUUGAGCCGGGCUGCAUGGCCUCCAUCACCCGCCGCGGGGACAUCAGCAUUGCCGUGGGCUCCGAGAAGCAGGUCCCCAUCAGCACCCAGCUUGACACCAUCCAGCUCUCCAUCUUCUCCCACCGCUUCCUGGGCAUUGCAGAGCAGAUGGGCCGGAUCCUGCAGAGAACGGCCAUUUCCACCAAUAUCAAAGAGCGGCUUGACUUCUCGUGCGCCCUCUUUGGGCCGGACGGGGGGCUGGUGUCCAAUGCUCCCCACAUCCCGGUGCACCUGGGGGCCAUGCAGGAGACCGUCCAGUUCCAGAUCCGGAACCUCGGGGCUGACCUGAACGAGGGUGACGUGAUCCUCAGCAACCACCCAUGUGCAGGGGGCAGCCACCUCCCAGACCUGACUGUCAUCACACCCGUGUUCUGGCCAGGGGUGCCAAGGCCCGUGUUCUUCGUAGCCAGCCGCGGGCAUCAUGCGGACAUUGGGGGCAUCACGCCCGGCUCCAUGCCCCCGCACUCCAAGGCGCUGCAGGAGGAAGGAGCCGUCUUCGUCUCCUUUAAGCUGGUGAAGGAUGGAGUCUUCCAGGAGGAGGCUGUGAGCGAGGCCCUGAUGGCUCCCGGACACAUCCCAGGCUGCAGUGGCACCCGCAAGCUCCAGGACAACCUGUCGGACCUGCGGGCGCAGGUGGCGGCCAAUCAGAAGGGGAUCCAGCUGGUGAGCGAGCUGAUUGGCCUGUACGGGCUGGAGGUGGUGCAGGCCUACAUGGCCCACAUCCAGGCUAAUGCAGAGGUGGCGGUGCGGGACAUGCUGAAGGACUUCGCUGCUCGCUGUGGGGGGGCAACACACCCCAUAGUGGUGCAGGCGCAGGAUCACAUGGACGACGGCUCCCCCAUCCGGUUGAAGGUGGAGGUGGACCCACAGGAGGGCAGUGCUGUGUUUGAUUUCUCCGGCUCUGGCCCCGAGGUGCAUGGGAACUGCAACGCGCCCCGCGCCAUCACCCUCUCGGCACUGAUCUACUGCCUGCGCUGUAUGGUGGCCCAGGACAUCCCGCUCAACCAGGGCUGUCUGGCCCCGGUGCAGGUUCUCAUUCCCAAGGGCUCCAUCCUGGACCCGUCCCCGGAGGCUGCCGUGGUGGGGGGCAACGUGCUGACCUCACAGAGGUUGGUGGACGUGAUCUUCAGGGCCUUUGGGGUCUGCGCCGCCUCCCAGGGCUGCAUGAACAACGUGACAUUUGGGAACGAGCAUGUGGGGUACUAUGAGACAGUGGCGGGCGGCGUGGGGGCCGGGCCCCACUGGCAUGGGCGCAGCGGGGUGCACACCCACAUGACCAACACCCGCAUCACUGACCCCGAGAUCCUGGAGAAACGGUACCCAGUGAUCCUGCGCUGCUUUGAGGUGUGCCAGGGCAGCGGGGGCAGCGGGCGGUUCCGGGGCGGGGACGGGGUGAUCCGCGAGCUGCUCUUCCGCGAGGAGAUGGUGCUGUCGGUGCUGAGCGAGCGCCGGGCCUUCCGCCCCUACGGCCUGCAAGGGGGGGACUCUGGCUCCCCCGGGCUGAACUUGCUGAUCCGCAGAGAUGGACGAACCAUCAACCUGGGGGGGAAGACAUCAGUGCGAGUGCUCCCCGGGGACGUCUUCCGCUUGCAGACCCCUGGCGGGGGUGGCUUUGGACUGGCUGCUGACACUGGGGACUCCCUGGAGCGGCGCCAGCCGCCUGACGCCAGGAGCUUCCUGGAACGUGGCAGCCUGUACGACUAUCGCCUGGCACAGGAGACGGCGUGAGAGCCGGGGCUGGGGCGUGGGAUGAGCCACCCCAGGGCUCUGGCCCCACGCCAUGCGGGCUCCGAACAAGCAGCCGUGGCAUGGCCCCCUCCCCCCUCCUGGCCUCCUUAUGUGGGGAGCAUCCUCUGUUGGGCCAGGAUUCCUAGGUCCCAGUCAGCUGUGUCCUGCCUCGUUGUGUGACAUUGCCUGAGUCCCUGCCCCUCUCUGCCCACUAUGGGGCGAGCACUUGCAGGGAUCAUUCCUGGCCUUUGCAGACGGUUUGGGACUCGUGGGGCUGGAGGUGCAGUAGGGG